GGACGCACAGCCCUCCGGAGCUCUGUUGAUAUAGGCAGCGCCGUCCUUUCACUGGAGGUUAUGGCUGAGGACUUUGUAAGGAGAAGAGAAGAGGACCACUCUGAUUAUUUGAUAGGAACAAUGCGUUAAUCUGCGUUUAUGUGCGCAAUGAGUUUAUGAAUGUUACUUUACGCAGCGGCUGUGAUGAGCUCUGAAUCAAGAAGUCGUUGAACCUGCUACAAUGUCACACGCACAGGUUGAGAUACCAGGACGCGGUUUCCCAGGCCUCUCUAUGGAUAUGACCGACGACUGCUUAUCCCGGGUCCCAUCCGUGCUCAGGGCGCACGGUUUGGGCGCACGGAGAAACUCUUAUGGGCUGCAGAAAAUUAGCAUGGACAUCGAUUCGCCUCUGUACAGCGGCGCCCUUUCCAAAGCCUUGUCCUGGUCAGCUGAGAAUAUACUAACUCUGCCCGAGUCCAGAGCAGAGGAGGAGAAAACCGACGACUAUCCGCCGUCACCGUCCCCAGUUUCCAGCCCGGGCACCAGCUCCAACACGCCCCCCUGCAGCCAGGAGCCUGACGCCGGCUCUCUCAGCGGCUCUCUCACCGGGACCUGGAACCCGAGAACCAGCGCUCAGGACGCCAGCUCGGAGUCUGAAAAUGAACUUCAGCACAAACAGCACAAGAUCUUGUCUCGCAUCACGUUUGAUACUCAGUGGGAGCAGGAGGAGAAAGAGGACGUGGAGACCAAAGCGGUUGCAACCUCACCUGAUGGAAGAUAUCUCAAAUUCAACAUAGAGAUUGGAAGGGGGUCUUUCAAGACGGUAUAUAAAGGACUUGACACAGAGACAACAGUGGAGGUGGCAUGGUGUGAGCUACAGACCCGUAAGCUGACCAAGGCAGAGCGACAGCGUUUCAGUGAGGAGGUGGAGAUGCUGAAGGGCCUGCAGCACCCAAACAUCGUCCGCUUUCACGACUCCUGGAAGUCAACGGUUAAGGGCCACAAGUGCAUCAUCCUGGUGACCGAACUCAUGACCUCAGGCACGCUCAAAACGUACUUGAAGAGGUUCAAGGAGAUGAAGCUGAAGCUGCUGCAGCGCUGGAGUCGUCAGAUCCUCAAAGGGCUUCACUUCCUGCACACGCGCACUCCUCCCAUCAUCCACCGGGACCUCAAGUGUGACAACAUUUUCAUCACUGGCCCUACCGGCUCUGUCAAGAUAGGAGAUCUCGGGCUGGCCACUCUCAAAAGUGCCUCUUUUGCUAAAAGUGUCAUUGGAACACCAGAGUUCAUGGCCCCUGAGAUGUACGAGGAGAAGUACGACGAAGCGGUGGACGUCUAUGCCUUUGGAAUGUGCAUCCUGGAAAUGGCCACCUCUGAGUACCCGUACUCCGAGUGCCAAAAUGCUGCCCAGAUCUACCGCAAAGUCACCAGUGGAAUUAAACCUGACAGUUUCUACAAAGUCAAAGUCCCAGAGCUGAAGGAGAUCAUUGAGGGCUGCAUUCGCAUGAACAAUGAUGAAAGGUACACCAUUCAGGACCUCCUGGAACACCCCUUCUUCCAGGAGAACAAUGGCGUGCACGUGGAGCUGGCAGAAGAGGACGACACGGUGAAGUCGGGUCUGAAGCUGUGGCUGCGCAUGGACGACACCAAGAAGCUCCACGGGAAGUACAAAGACAACAACGCCAUCGAGUUCCUCUUUGAGCUCUACAAAGACGUGCCUGAGGAGGUGGCUCAGGAGAUGGUUGUGCUUGGGUUCGUGUGCGAGGCAGACUUUAAGCUCGUGGCCAAGGCCAUACGGGACAGGGUGGCGACCAUCAAGCGGCAGAGAGAGAAGCUGAGGCGGCAGGCAGAGGAGCGGAAGAAGAAGCAGGAGCAGGAAGCCUUAGAAGAAGAACCAGAGCCUCAGACUCCUUUACCUAAAGUCAGCGACAUUGUUGCAGCAGAGUCACCCACCCCGGCCCUGACGCCUCCGGCCCCAGUCCUGUCCCCCGUCACCAGCUCUGUGGACUCUGGCGUCAGCUCCAACUACCCUGCAGAGCCAGAGGAGCCAGAGGCAGACCAACACUUCCACAUGCGCCACAACAGCUUGUCCUCUGCUAACUCUGACUGCGAGACGGACGGCUAUCUGAGCUCCUCUGGGCUUCAGGAUCCGCUGGAGGCCGGCAGCUUCAACACAACCCCUCCCACCACACACACCGACACACCGACUGCAAACGGUUUCCCCAUCCCAGCCCUCCGCUUCCCCUCGAGUAUUGCAGUUUCCAACAACAUAGAACAUGGCAACUCAGGGCCCCCGAGCGGCUUCAACUCUCCUGUGGACAGCUACGCCUCUGAUGUGACUUCAGGCUUGAGUGACGGCUACGAGGGCCUAUCAGAGAAGAACGAGAAAACGGCUGCUAGGCGAACUGCCGCGAAGCUGUUCAGGAGGAGGGCGCGCUCAAGGCUGCGCAUCACAGGGCUCUCCGAUAAAGUGGACCGGGUGGUGGAGUGUCAGCUGCAGACACACAAUGACAAGAUGGUGACCUUCAAGUUUGACCUGGAUGGAGAUAACCCUGAAGACAUUGCAGCUGUCAUGGUGCACAAUGAGUUCAUCCUCCCGUCAGAGAAGGAGGGCUUCAUCCACCGCAUGGGUGACAUCAUCAAGCGGGCCGAGUCUCUGAUGACCAAAGAGGAGCCGGUCCACUCAAGCGGACACCGACUUCCCCAGCCUGCUUUCCACGGCGGGGUUAACUCAUUGUCUUCCUCACAGCCUAAUCUGCACAGUCACACCCUGGCUCGAACCAACUCCUCCUCGUCUCUGCCUGACUUCAGUGUGGCUAACCCGAGUGUUGGGGUACGUGGCUCUCCCCCGUGCCCCAAUGGAGACAUCUUCAGUGCAGACAUUACUUCACCUGGGCGACCUCUAAUGCGCUCACAGUCUUUCCACAACGCCCCAGGUUCUCCUCUCCAUUAUCAGAACCAUCACAACCCUGCGUCUCUCCUGCCCCACCACCAGCACUACCACUUGCCCUACAUGGGCCACAGUCACUUCCCAUUCCCGUACCCAGGCUCUCCGGGUUCCCCCAAACCCGCCAACCAUCCUCCCCUCACACGUGUAGCCAGUAACCCCACCUUCCCUUCUGUUCCCUCCCCAGCCCCCGGUUCCCCAGGUCCUCUAAAUGAGACCCCAAGUCCCGGCAGCAACGAAAGUGUUAACAUGUCCCCACAUGCCCCUCAGCAUCCCAACAUGUGGCCCCCCCACACGCAGCCCCUGUUUUCCUUAGCUAAUGUCAUCUCCAUGGCCAUGAGCAUGGCCCAGUCUUUCAUCCCUCCUGCAAGCAUGCCCACCCACGGGAUGUCCUCCUAUCCAGGCUACCACCCCCAGCUACACUCUCAAAUGAACCCACAGUCGGGUUACCCCUCCGUCUACCAACAACAUUACCAGACCCCACCAGUAGAGGUCCCUUACCCCACCGCAGGCAUCCCAUCACAGAACGUUUACCACAGCCCUGAGAAUACACCUCAGAUGGAUGGUUAUCCUCAGAGCACUUAUCAUCAGAGCAGUCAUCCAAAUUGGCCACAUCAUGUCUCUCCACCCUCUAUGCCUUCCACUCCUCCACUGGUUCCCCAGGAGCCUUUGCAGCAUUCUGGACUCUCCAGUCCCCCCAGCAUGAGCCAGGAGGACAGUUACCACGGUUAUGUGCCCCCAUACACAGCACAAGUUCCAGCUCAGGCUGAACCCAGAUCAGAAGUCUUCAGGUCAAACUCUUCAUCAGACCUUUCCCCGUCGCCCCCAGAGAGUCCAGAAAGCACUUUAUCAUCCUUCAGCACUCAGCUGCACCCCGCUGUACCUGAGAUGAAUGCCAGUAGCCCUAAACCAAAAGCCUCUUCCACGGAAUUGGUCCAGUCUGCACCAGUCACUGUUGGGAGAUUCCAGGUGACACCCAGCAUGGACAUCCCUGCGCUUCCUGUGCCAGUAGUUGCUGAACCUGCUGCACCGCAGCCGGCAGACAGCGGCAGCACCCCAUCAGAGAGCAGCACAGAGGAGCAGGGUGAGUCUGAGACGAGCCUGGGCACCUCCCUCACAAUGUCCCCUCCUCACCCGCAUCCCCACAGAGGGUCAACGGGGGUCCUCCAGGAGGUUGACGGACAGGCGGGGUGGGCUGGGAGCCAGGAGCAGCAGCAGGACAGAGAUGAAGAGGAUGAGGAGGAUGAGGAGGAGGAGGAGGAGGAGGAGCGGGAGGUAGAGGUCGUUGGGGAAAGGCAGAGGGUAAGGAAGAGGAGUCGGAGGAGAGCGUACAGCCUCAGCCUGAUGGGAACGUCUGCGGACAGCGGGCUCUCAGUGACGGCUGCUGAGAUGGAGGGGAGGCUGUGGGACGGAGCGGCCGGCAGCCCGCAGUACAGCAAUGCCCUUCACCAUUUAUGGAUGAUGACUUACAACCGCAACACUCCCUACCUAAGCAGCGAUGACUCAGACAGUGAUGAUGAAGACAUGCUGGAAGAGCUUCAGGAGCUCAGAGAGAAACAUCUGACAGAGGUGCAGGCCCUGCAGGCUGCCCAGAAGAGAGAGAUUGAGGAGUUGUAUGAGAAGAUGGGGAAGGUUCCACCUGCAGGCAUCGUCUCACCUGCUGCUAUGCUGUCCAGUCGACAACGCCGCCUGUCCAAAGGGAGCGGCUACCCCUCGUCCCGCAGGAACAGCCUGCAGCGGUUGGACAUCUUGCCACUCCAGGGUAUCAUUAGGAGAAACUCCCUUGGAGGCAGCAGCAGCAGCGGCGGCUCCCAGGAUAAACCAAGCAAAGGUGUUACCUUUGCCACUGACAUUAGUAGAAUGUAAAAAACUCUCAGCCAAGCACGCUGUAUAUUUGGACUACCUCAUUUGAAGUGUGACUGCAGUGGUCAAACCCGUCCUGUAGGAGGACCGCUUCAACACAUUUCACUGGCACACCGAUCAGCAAAUGGCUUCCCUCUGCCAGUGGUCACACGGUUCUGCCAGUGGUCAUUUACCUCAACGUACAUAUAAACUGUCAUCAAUAAGCUGGAUGUACACAGGAACUGUAACUUCCAGUUUUUUCAGCCCGUCGUCAGAUCUGGUGAAUUUGUUGCAGCUGAAGCACAGAAUAUCUCCCAAUCUGGCUCAUUUUUGCCCUUUUGUAAAUAAACUGUAAGGCCUACAGGUUCAGGAUGAACUUCAGCCCUGGCUACCACAGUACUCUGCAAAAUGUCACAUCACAUGUUGUUUUAAAUGUUUUCUCUUGAGUUUUUUUUUUUAGCAUCAACGCAGUCAAGUGAUGACUUUGACCCAGAAUGAUAAUAGUUGCUGUUUUUCCUGCUUGUCUGAGUCACUGCCGUUAAUCAACCUGAGCACAGUAAUGUGAACCACAGCGAGGCUCUGUGACACUCUCUCUGACACUUUUACUGACAGUUGUCACAGACAAAUGACAACACUUCAGAUAAUCUCGCAUCCUAUUUGCUGUAGUUUGUUAAUGAUGUCUCAGCACCUGCUGACUGCACAGUGAAUACACUCUGAUUAUUGCCUUCCAGGGGCUGAUGAGAGCAGUCUAGAUGCAUUGUACAGUUUGAUUUUUUUUCAAAUAUGUAUUAUGAAAACAUUUAGUUGUAGUACUUCUUUGGUGAUUUUGACACCUGGUAGGAUUGGCCACACUCUCUAGGCUCAGCCCGGAGACGUUUGACUGCAGUCCCGACAUUUUUAGACGCAGUCAAAAUGAUUUUUCACAUUGUACAGCAGUACAAUACAGAGAUAUCAUUUCUGUCAACACACACAUUUGAAGAUAUUAGUGCUACAGAGAAAACAAAGUUGCACAACAGUUAUUAACGUUAGCGUGUAGCUUGUUUGAGCAGAAAGAAAAUCUGUUUUUCAUUAAAUGAAAUGGGAAGAAUUUAGCAUAGAAAAAACAUCACACAUCAUUUUUCAAAUUCUAUAGCUUGUUUUAAAUUUAAAAAUGAUUUCUUUGUAUUGAUUAGUUGUGAAAAAUCCACCUAGGUUUUAGACUACUGGCUUUCCUGUUGAUUGUACAUGUGUAUAUAGCGUAGUGCAUUUUUAAUUCUUGCUCCAGCAAAAAUCAUAUUUCGUUGCUAGAUCAAGCAACUUGUGCACUUUAGUACAUUCUACUUUAGUUCCCAAUCAUUUAACACAUUUGUGGAUAAAACUGUGUUCACUCGAGGAAGAGCUGAUACGUUUCCUGUUAAUGUUGCAUAAGGGAGAUCGAGAAUAUACUCCAGUUUAUGUUUGAUCACAAUAUGUCAUAUUGGAUCACAGUGAUGAUGAUCUACCUUCACACAGUUUUAAAUAAUUAGUGCAUUGUGGGACAAUAGAGAAAUCAGUCCAAGCUGUGAAUGUGUAGCUGUUGCCUUAUAAAAUAUUCACGACACACACUGAAUUUUUCUGGCAGUGGAACUCCUGUAAGAUUUUCCAAAGUUCAUAAUAUAUUCAAAGACGUUUCAAAAUUUUGAAUGUAAAUAUAUAAUUGUAUUGCUUUCUGAAAGCUGCUGCUGUCCUGCCAUGCUGAAUCUGUGCCUUUCCCUUACAAUGUCUUAUUUUAUAUUUUUACUCUCAAGAUUUGGUGGCAAGAUCAGACUCCAUAUAUUAAAUUUUGACAAAAAUAAAUGCAAUUGUAAAUACC